CGACGCACCCCAACCCUUCUCACCAGCUUCCUAACACGCGAAACGGUUCUACCUUGAUACUACGCCAGUGCCGAGUAGACACCUGCCCAGGUCAAAGCCACCCGACAAGAUGGCCUCCAAUCUGCAUAACUCGGGAGCCAUCGAGCUCAAGGAGAACACUGUCAUUGUUGUGCUCGGUGCCUCUGGCGAUCUAGCCAAGAAGAAAACGUUUCCGGCUCUCUUUGGACUCUACCGCAACCAGUUCCUACCCAAGGAUAUCAAGAUCGUCGGCUAUGCGCGGACAAAGAUGGACCACGACGAGUUCAUUCGUCGCAUCAGAUCGUACAUCAAGACGCCCACGAAGGACAUCGAGCAGCAGCUAGAGGACUUCUGCAAUCUGUGCACAUACGUGUCCGGCCAGUAUGACAAGGACGAGUCGUUCCAGCAGCUCAACAAGCACCUAGAGGACUUGGAGCAGGGCAGGCAAGAGACCAACAGGCUGUUCUACAUGGCCCUCCCCCCAAGCGUUUUCACCAUCGUGUCGCAACACCUCAAGAAGUGUUGCUACCCUACGAAGGGCAUUGCUCGCGUCAUCGUCGAGAAACCCUUCGGCAAGGACCUGGCUAGCUCCCGGGAGCUCCAGAAGUCGCUUGAGCCCGAUUGGAAGGAGGAGGAGAUUUUCCGCAUUGACCACUACCUGGGCAAGGAAAUGGUCAAGAAUAUUCUUAUUCUGCGAUUCGGCAACUCUUUUUUGGGGGCCACCUGGAACAGGCACCACAUCGACAAUGUGCAGAUCACCUUCAAGGAGCCCUUCGGUACCGAAGGGCGCGGCGGGUACUUUGACGAGUUUGGCAUCAUUCGCGAUGUCAUGCAGAAUCAUCUACUUCAGGUCCUGACACUGCUCGCCAUGGAGAGGCCCAUCUCCUUCUCUGCCGAGGACAUUCGCGACGAGAAAGUGCGAGUCCUUCGCGCGAUCUCCGCGAUCGAGCCCAAGAAUGUCAUCAUCGGGCAGUACGGGAAGUCGCUCGACGGAAGCAAGCCGUCCUACAAGGAGGACGACACUGUUCCUAAAGACUCACGGUGCCCGACAUUCUGCGCCCUCGUCGCGUACAUCAAAAACGAGCGGUGGGACGGCGUCCCUUUCAUUAUGAAGGCGGGCAAGGCGCUCAACGAGCAGAAGACCGAGAUCCGCGUCCAGUUCAAGGACGUCACCUCUGGGAUCUUUAAGGACAUCCCGCGGAACGAGCUAGUGAUGCGCAUCCAGCCGAACGAAAGUGUCUACAUCAAGAUGAACUCCAAGCUCCCGGGUCUGACAAUGCAGACGGUGGUCACAGAGCUCGAUCUCACGUAUCGGAGGCGAUUCUCGGACUUGAAGAUCCCCGAGGCGUACGAAUCGCUGAUCCUCGAUUGCCUGAAGGGCGACCACUCCAACUUCGUGAGGGACGAUGAACUCGACGCGAGCUGGAGGAUCUUCACCCCCCUGCUCCACUACUUGGACGACAACAAGGAGAUCAUCCCCAUGGAGUAUCCCUACGGCUCCCGGGGACCCGCUGUUCUCGACGACUUCACCUCCUCCUACGGCUACAAGUUCAGCGAUGCUGCCGGAUACCAAUGGCCAACAACGUCGGCUGCGGCGGGCAACAAGUUGUGAGUCGCUUGUUGGUGCUUGGCGGAGGAAUCUGCAAACGACGAGUCGAACAGUAGUUGAAACGAUGAUUGUUGACGCAGCUGAGCGAAUCACCAAACCCGAUCACGGCACAUGCCAGCACGGCUCGGUCGGUUGUUAGAGACGACUGUGUUUUAUGACAUGAUACGACAAGGUUAGACUUAGGACACUCAAACGAAGCAAGGCGGGCAACACGGGAAAA